CAGCACGCAAGUGGCAACAAGCUUCCAAGGUAUGUCCCCACCAUCAGCGAGCAUAAAAGUUGCUGUACGGGUGCGGCCCCUGAUAGAAAGAGAGGUCGUUGCAAAGGAAUGCUCUCGUUGGGGUGUUCAAGAAAACACCAUCUUCUCAACUUUUACGGAGAAAGAUGGGAAGGCUUCGUUGCUGUUUACAUUUGAUCACAUUUUCGAUCAAUGUACGACGAACGCAGAAAUCUACGAGCAGUACUGCCAUCCCAUCGUGGACUCUGUCAUGAGGGGCUUCAACGGCACGAUAUUUGCGUACGGGCAGACAUCCUCUGGGAAAACCCACACAAUGUUUGGCAGUGGUGAUGAACCUGGAUUGGUUCAGCAGACUGUCCAGAAUAUUUUCAGCAUAAUUGAAAACGUUCCUGAUCGUGAGUAUCUUCUGAGGAUAUCUUACCUGGAAAUAUACAAGGAAGACCUUUAUGACCUGCUCGACGAGGCCAAGAACAAGAACCUGCAGAUCAGGGAAACGGAUGGGCAAGCCUUCAUAGCCAAUCUUUCUGAGGUCACUGUCAGCUCUCCAGAGGCCAUUUUGUCUACAAUGAAAUCUGGUGAAAAACUGAGGCACUUUGGAGAAACCGACAUGAACCAAAGGAGCUCUCGCUCACAUACAAUUUUCAGAAUGAUCAUAGAGAGCAGCAUCCGAGAGGACAACUCUGAGGGAGUCGUCACGGUGUCACACUUGAACUUGGUUGAUCUCGCUGGAUCUGAGCGUGCUGAACAAGCUGGUACAACGGGCAAUCGAUUCAAAGAAGGGGUUCAUAUUAACAGUUCACUCUCUGUGCUCGGACAGGUGAUCUCGAAACUAAGUCGAGGUGAAAGGGGUCACAUAAACUAUCGUGACUCAAAGCUCACGAGGAUUCUAAAGAACUCUCUCGGCGGAAAUGCCCACACUGCAAUCAUCUGCAACGUCACGCCAGCGUCAGUUGAACAGACCCUCUGCACCCUGAGAUUCGCAAGCAGUGCCAAAAAGAUCCAGAACAAGCCAGUUGUCAACGAAGUGAUCUCAGACAGUGCAGCCCUGCGUCGCUACCAUAAGCAGAUGCAGGAGCUGCAAGAAAAAAUAAAGUAUCUGGAAGAUCAGGGUCUGAGCAAAAAGCUCCAGGAAAAGAAUUCCACCAUCGAGGAACUUCAACAGAAAGUGAAAGAGCUUCGCGAACAACUCGUAGUUUCAACCCAUGCUGCUCCGCAAAAGUCUGCACAUGUAAAGUCCCGAAGGCACCGUCGGGAGACGUGGGCAGCGCCUCGGAGGGCCCUAUCCCUGACGUUCCUACGACGAGAUGACUUUUCCAUCUUAAGUCCCGUGGAUGAAAGAUCUGAAGCGAAAGCUAGGGUCGCUUCUUCAGCCAUGCCAUGUGAGAAGCGCCCAUCGAAGUCAUCCCUGCCUCUAGACUGCAGCGGAAUUUCUGUCCCCGAUUUCUACGGCAUCGAUAAGGCAGACUUUGAGAGGCACCUGAGUGAAGAAGAAAAGUGGAAGAACGCGGAGGCCAGUUUGGAGCUUUCUUCAUCUCCUUGUCCUCAGGUCUGUCAGAGCACUUCCUGCCAUGAAAAGAUUGAGAGCCUAGAAAGGGAGGUGGCUAUCCUAUCAAAGGAACUUUGCGAGCUGCGAGAAAUGACGACACUGGAGCGCCUGUGCUGCAACACAUCACGGAAACGCCGUAAAACAGACAGUUAUGGACAUCACUCUGACAACGGUGCCUCUCCUAUCUUUGCCGUACCUUCCAACAUUGCACGUGAUGUUACGAGAACACGUGACAUUACAAGGACAUCCUGUGGCUCAGUAGGCAUUGACUUGGAGCAAGAAAAUGACACAACCACUGAAACAUUGAAGUAUUCUGACACAGUGUGCUUGCCGGAAAAGACAGCUGCAGUUCGAGCGGAAACCGUUGACGCAGCUGUUUGCACGGAUUCCUGCUCUGCUGUAGAGAAAGAGCGCAAAGACUUUGCCGACGUUUCGACCAUGACAUCUCCUGCGUUCCGCGGCGCUAACGAAGGGCAAUGUCAACCGUCGUGCCACGUUGAAAGUGUCGACGUCGUUGGGGUGGACGCUGCUGUCGGUACAGAGGACCUCGCAUGCCAUCGGACGGAGACGAGAACUGUGGCAACCCAGACCGACAGGGCAGCCACCGCAGAGUUCUCUGUCGGCGUUGACUUGCGUGUGUGCAGCUGUUGUAAAAUGGUUGCUGGCGAAACUUUGCAAAAAGUUGAUGUUUCGGUAGGUACGGAAAACGCGGUCGCCAUUCCACAAGUAGAGGUGAGAGACGCGGUAACGGAAACAGAAGCGGCGAAGACUUCCGAUUGUGCAGUGACAGCGUCUCUUAGACCAGCCACUCGCAGCCAGGCAACCUUGACGGACGGGGUCGAUGCUGUACAAUGUCGCGUCGCGACCCAGACGGAAGCGGCGGAAACCGUCGACCGUGCUCUGACAGCCCGCGUUGAACCGGCCACUUGCGACGCGUCCACUUUGACAGACACCGUUGAUGUUCCAAGAGCUCGAGCGAGAGACGCGGCUUCUGAAACGACACGUAUCGCGACGGCUGACGCUUCGGUGACCGCGCGCAUCGUGCCAGGCUCAAACGAUAAAGGUGUUGUAACGGACGCGAUAGCAUGUGACGACGCGAAAGAAAUCGAAGACGGGGUUGCCACUACGGAAGUCGCUAGGACAACGCCGUCUUCUACGGUCGCAGCGACAGCCGUGCCGAGGAUUCGUACGAAAGCCUCGCUUAAAGAACCUGUCUCCAAGAACCCAAGUUCAGAAAGCGAUUCCGACUCGUCCAUUACGUUGUCAAAUACUGACGACCUCGAUGCCUCGAAUGCGCGCUACGCCGUACACGUGGAGAGGUUCCGACGGAAGCUAGGGGAAAAGGGCGGUAACUCUGCGGGUCAACCAUCCUCAGCUGGCUCGACCGGCAAGGGUCGCCACCCUGUCAACAAGGACGCCAGACACUCACCCGAGGAACGUGGAAACCUUCUGCCAGCCAUGCUGUCCGUACAGAUUAAUGAACUGCGCAGUUUGGCUCAGAAUCCUCCUCUGCAUCCCCGAAUUGCAGUAGUAACGGAAUCAUCACGUUCGGAAAGAGGUAUCCAAACAGAAGAAACUGGAGUGAAUGAACCUGCCAAGUUCAUGUACAGAAUUGCGCAGCUUGAUGAACAAAUACGGUCCAUGAAGAAGAGUCAUCGCGGAAGGGAGGUCGAACUGCAGAGCGAGAUAAGAAGGCUGCGCAACGGCAACCUAGAUAACACAGUGAGCCUGCCAGACAGCCAGUGCAGUUCCUGCCGCAGAGCCAAAUAUGAGAAGGCCCGCAAGCCCAUGUCACCAGGGUCUCGAGAAGAAGCGCUGAUAAUGGAGGCUGCCAAGGCACUCUCUGGGCCCUCAAUCGGGGACGACAUGGUCAUCGAACGCCUACGAGCCCAGCUCAAUCAUCAGACAAUGAGGACGAAGAAGCUCGAACGAAAAGUUUCACAGCUCACAUCUCGAAGACGACUGACUACGAAAGAUGCUGCCACAAGCACCAGUGCCAACUGUUGCAAGAGCAUGGAUACAAACCUGCAUGCUGCCAAAGACGCUGCUACGAGCCCGUGUGGCAAAGAAAAUGUUGCUUCCCAUACUACAGUGCCUUCAACAAGCAGCACCGGCUCAGGUCCUGCAUUCCGGAGACCCCCUCUACUGCAGAAUCCGGACGACUGCAGGGUGCAGUGAUUGCUGACGCAAGUACUCUUUGCACUGCAGCUAUGAUGGGCCCUCUUUUAACAUCUUAUUGUGUACUAUUUUAGGACUUUUAUAUUUUUGUACUUUCGAAUGGCUGCUUUUAUACCUUACUGCAGUUGUAGAUAUGUACAGUGGCUGCUCUAGGAGGAGCAGGUAACCAUUAAAAUGAUUCAUGAAGUAG